CAGUGUUUUGGUUGGUCUUAAAGUGCAGAGGUGAACGCAAAAUUUAGGAAAUACUUUAAAAAAAUCUGAUUUCAGCUCUUUUCCGAGGCAGGAUUCCGGACACGCACCGAAAAUGGCAUCCUCCAAUACCGGCGGCGUUACGCCGAUGACUAUUACGGGCCGCAUGGUCCGCGAACGGGAACGUAUCCUCGGGAUGACACCGGAGGAACGGGCCUGGCGUGCUCAGUGGCUCAAAGAUCAGCAACUGUCGCCCAAUGAGCCGCGACACGUGCCGGAAUAUUGGAAAGAACGACUGAAUCCCAUUCGACGCGUUUACCGGGCCCCUCUAGAUUUGGUCCAGAAAGCCCUGACACCGGUCAUUGGAGGUAAAUGGGCUGGCGCUGUCCGUUUUUGGACCGGAAAAGUUGGUUUGAUAGCGUUUUCCAUUUAUGCCGGAGCUUACUAUUUUAAGUACAAUCAAAAUGAUUGGACCCGCAAAGGUGGCUGGCGAGUGAUACACUCUCGCAAAGCCGUUUUCCCCGGUGAUGAAGGCUAUCCCAACUUCCCUCAGCGUAGCGGUCCGCAAGAUUAUGCUGCUCGUGGAUUCAAGCAGUCGCCGAUUUAAAUUGGCGGUAUCUUCUUUUAUUAGGUGGAUUUACAAUUACUUGAGUUAUGUCUGGUUAGCUGCAGCUGGAAAAUAUAGCAAUCAAAUAUGAAAAUGCCGGAAAUGUUCGGAUCAUUCAAAAA